GUUUUUUCUGAAGAUCAUUUGCAAAACCGACGAUUCGGCAACGUUUAAUUGGUGUUGAGUUAAAGGAACGACGGAACAGUGGGAAAAUAAACAAACUAUUAUACCGGCAGGUCAUGCCGCCCUCUACUUACAUUUCAAAAAAACGUACCCUGACCCCGUGUCGUGUUUUGUAACUGAUUCGUCGUUUUCCGGCGCUAUUUCCAUGGUCGGGAAAUAUUUCUACCUGUCAUAGUUGUCAUAUUUCUGCAACCAACGACAGAUGGCGCAACUGACAACGUUUGUAAAAUAAUAGUCGAGUUAUUAUUUUAUUAAUUCACAUAAAAUUUUUAUGAAGCAUUAUUUUAUUAAGUGGAAAAGUUUCCUCCGUUAUCGACAAUGGACACUGUGAACUUCGGCUGCGUUAAAUAAUCAAUAAAUGGCAGUUCCAGUGUGUUAUUAAUACAUUACUCUGAAAAUGGAGUUACAUAUCGAGGAGCAAUGUGUCGAGAGGAUAUGAUCGGCUAGACGGGAAGGGCCGUCGAAGGAAAAAAAUCGCAUUGAAAUUUUGGAGCUGUCAAAACCCUAAGUGCACUUCGUAUCCUUGGUGACUGCCUAGCAACCGACACAACAACAUAGCAACAUUGGAGAACAACCCGAGUAGCCUUAGCGACGAUACCAUGGCGACGGCGGCGCGAUUUGCAACUGGCGGAGGCAGCGCCAGCCCUCCUACACCGGCGCCGGCGACGACGCCCCCGGCUCAGCCUCAGCAAACCCAACUUAUCGUUCUGCCUGCUAGUUUACAUCAGGCAACAGGCACAAUCGUCAACGGAGUACCCGUUAUCGACGUAUCGGCUUUGGAACAGGCCGCCGAUUCCAGCAACGAGAGCAGCACAACAGCCGAUCAACAGAACGAAACCCACGAAACCGAUCCGCUUGCGUCCGGUUCGCCUCAUUUUAUCACCGUUACCGUUGCCGAAGGUGACACUGUGGCUUCACACCAGGGCUAUCACAUCCAGUAUGUGGAGCCGGAAAUAUACGCAACGCAAACGAACGGCGGGCAGGCACAAAUGGCGUAUCCGGUGUACACCGUGGGCGAAUCGGCCACCCUCUAUCCCAUAGGGAACGCCGUCCAGGCGCAAGGCCAGUACUAUCCGGCCUCGAACGCCGGUACUACCACGGUGACCGGCACCGUCGGCUACACCACCACCGGCGCCCAGUACGUGGUGCAGCACGCCGUCGACGCCGACGCUCUCAUUACAUCGAAUCGAGUAUCGCCGCAAACCACGAGCGCUGAGACCGGUUAUGUUGCUACAGCGACCGUGCAUGCUUCUCAGCCUUCGGGCCAGGUAGUGUCGGGCGAAGACGUCGGAUCGGCCCUCGGGCACGCCACUAGAGUAUCUCCUGCUACCGUGCAAUGGUUGUUAGAAAACUACGAAACGGCCGAAGGGGUGUCGUUGCCGCGUUCGACUCUGUACGCUCACUACCUCAGGCAUUGCGCGGAAAAUAAAUUGGAGCCCGUCAACGCCGCUUCGUUUGGCAAACUCAUCAGAUCGGUAUUUCUGGGACUCCGAACGCGCCGAUUGGGAACGAGAGGAAACUCCAAGUACCAUUACUACGGCAUCAGAGUGAAGCCGGGUUCGUCGCUGAUGAACCUGGAGGACCAAAGCAGCAGGGUGGUGUUGACGUCGAACAAUACCAACGGCAAGGCCCAAGGAACCGUGAGGCCAUUUAAGAGGAAUUCCGAAUCGUCGGAUGCGGUGAUCGGAUCGGGUCUGUCCCAGCACGUUGCCUAUUUGGGCGACGGCAGCUCCGCCAUACCGGCGUUUCCCGACAUCCAGUUCAACGGGCCGUUGCCGGACGAUUGCGGCUACGAGGACGUCGAUACGUUGAAGUCCAUAUACAGGGAGCAUUUGGAGGCUUUUUUGGACGCGAUUUUGAGCUUGGAAUUUUCUACCGUCGAAUCGCUGUGGAGGGAAUUUUGGAGAUCUCAAUAUAACAAUAACAGCGACGAAUGCGAAGAGGAAAAAUACCUCUCCAAAUCGAAGUUGUUUUGCUUGUGCAGCUUGGAGCCCGUUCAGCAUUUCAUGAAGCAAGUAGAUUUGGUGUUUUACCAAAAUCUCAUUCAAGUAUUAGUGCCCGACGUUCUCAAACCCAUACCGGCCACUUUGACACAGAGUAUACGAAACUUUGCUAAAAAUUUAGAAAAUUGGUUGACCACAGCCAUGGGAGGAGCGCCUCAAUCUAUGCUGCAAAUCAAGCUGACCGCCGUGUCCGCGUUUAGUUCCAGUUUGAGGCGCUACACCUCUCUGAAUCACCUCGCCCAAGCAGCUAGAGCGGUCCUGCAUAACAGCAAUCAAAUAGGUCAAAUGUUGGCGGAUUUGAAUCGCGUCGAUUUUCACAGCGUUAGAGAACAAGCCUCGUGGGUGUGCCAAUGCGACAACGAUCUCGUGGCGCGUUUCGAAAACGACUUUAAGCUGACGUUGCAGCAACAAAAUUCGCUGGAGCAAUGGGCUUCGUGGUUGAAGAACGUGGUGAAAAGCGCUUUGAAACCCUACGAAGGAAAACCGACGUUUUCCAAAGCUGCUAGACAAUUUUUACUCAAGUGGAGCUUUUACAGCUCGAUGGUCAUUAGAGAUUUAACGCUAAGAUCUGCGGCUAGCUUCGGCAGCUUUCAUCUGAUUAGAUUGUUGUACGACGAAUAUAUGUUUUAUUUAAUCGAGCACCAGGUGGCCGAGGCGACUGGCGUCGUGCCCAUAGCGGUGAUUCUAGAAGGAAUUAAACAAGACAUUUUGGAGAACAGUUUGAGCGACUACGGGAACGACGGGUUCUCGACGUCGAAGCUCAGAUGUAUCAGUCCUACAGAGGCCCUAUCGAAACGUCCUAAAAUUAGCUAGCUUAAAAGCAAAACUAGAAUUGUUAUUUCGCCGUUUCAUUGAUGCGAUUUUUUUUCCUAUUAGGUUGUUUCGUUCGAGCAAAUUUCAUUCGUUCAAAUAGUCGUUCGAGGGUUAUUUUUUUUAUUUGUUUUUUUUUUUUUAGAUUUUUGAGUAUGUUGGGACCACAUUGACUUUUUCGUUUUUUGAGUUAUAAGUAGUAUUUUUGAGUUUUGAUGUAUUCAAUAGGAUCUUUCAAUAAGAAUGAGUCUUGAUUGUUGUAUGUUGAAACUAGAGGUACCUUCUAAUAUUAUAUUUAUUAUACAAUUGAAUCAUUACUUAGAAAGUUCCUUUUGGCUCGAGGAUUGAUUGAAUAGGAAAAAUUGUAAAGACUCAUUAAUAUUGUAGAUGCUACUGCUUGUAAACUUAGAAUUGGUAGGGAUUUUUCGAUGUUAUAUCAUUGUGCAAUCGCGGUUACUAUUAGAAAUAAAGUAUGUAAGUGCCGUCAAACAUUAGUGUGACAAAUAAUAGGUGUACAUAUUUAUAUUAUACGUAUAUAUUAUGUAGAUAUAAUUAUUUGGCACUAGCAAAAUAUUCGUCUUUUUCAUUGGACAAUUUAUUUAUUUUUAUUUAUUUAGAGUUCGUAAUUUCGUUCGACUGAUUUUUUUGUUGCAUGUUCAGAUUGAUUUAUUGUUCGCAUUCUGAUCGUAUUAGUUGAUUUGUACGUUUAUGGUAUUGAAUUGUUUAGUAUAUUUUAUAAUUUGAUGUAUUUCAUAUGGGCAAAACGGACCUGUUGAGGGGAUAUUGCAAGUGUAGAAAUAAUAAAUUUGCUAAAAAUUUAAACGGUUUAAAUACCAAUUGUAUUGCAAUUUAUUGUAACACUACAAUGUUCUUUCAAUUUGUCGAUAAGUUUAUGACUCAAAAGUAUAAUCCAUCCAUUACAAAUAUUUUAUAUAAUAACACUUAAAAGAAUCGCAGGGUAUAUAAUAUUCCUCUUACAAGGUACAAGUAUUUUUAAUGAUAUACUUAAUCGAAACUUUGUACUAAAAAGAAAGGUUACGUUCACAUUUACCGAUAAUUUUUAAUUGUUUAGUAGUGCCUUUAUUGAUUAAAACUACACUGAAUUGAAAUUUUAUUUAGUAGUUGAUCUAUUAUAGUACAUUGAUUACAAAGCAAAUUUUCCACUAUACAAAAAAAACUUUCAGAUGACUAUACAAAAAGGCCUAAUAUUGAUAUUUGUUUCUAGUCAUUAUAAUAUUGUAUAUGCAUGGAUUUUAUGGAAAAAAUGUGAACGUUUAAUCUUUUCGAUAUGAAUUAUUGAAACUCAAGUUGCCUCAUAUUAAUUACGAGUGUAAUUUUGUGAAUAUGAAGAUAUAAAUUUUGUAUUUAUAAAAUGAAAUAAGUGUGCUGUUGAUGAUUUUUUUCGGAAUAAUGUCACGAAAUUAUGUAUUCAUGUGCUUUCCUAAAACCGGACAGGUCCGGACUGGAUUUUCGGAGCGGUUCGAUUCACAGAAGUGGGUGCUAGUCAUUGAUAAUUUUUAAUACGAAAUAAUCGUUAAACUUUUGAUGGAUGGUACGAGACAGCAGUCCUGGCCUGUUGGUUUGCGUGUGAUUUCCUGCAGACAUUAAGGCAAAACCGGGUUAAUUCCGGAUAGUCGAAUCUGGAAAAGUGCACCUUGACGUUGAACGAGAGAAACGCCGUGUUUGUCAAUGUCGUUACGCGAAGUACUUGAUAUUACAAAUAUUAAAAACUGUGUAUUUUUGUAGAUGUCUAGUCUAACUGAACAGCGCGCUUUUCAUAGUUCUGUUGGUGUUUGAGUAUGUUAAUGAUGUGAAACGCCGACAUUAUUUUGUGAAUGUUAAUAUUUUACUGUCGCAAAAUGUCGUCGAAACAUCGGAUAACUCCCUAUAAAGAUUUCAAAGUUUCAUAAUUUCCGAAAAACGCGAAAAAAUUACCACUUAAAUAGGAAUUGACUAGUUGAAUGUUGCCAUUUACAAUGCACUGGUGUUUCACACUAAUAUACACGAAAAUAAACAUUUUUUUGUAAUUUCUUUUGCACAUCAGGGACUGUGUUAGAUCUCAUAAAAUGAAAGUAAUUUUUAUAUUUUCAAUACUGUGUAAUUAUGGUUAUGAAUAAAAACUAGUCUUGUGUUGUUAACAAUUUAUAUACCUUCUUUCAACAACCCUUUUAUCUUUUUCCAAAAGAUGCAAAAGCUGUUAAACAAUCUUUAUUUACACAGUUUAGCGCCUUCGAUUGGCGUGGCUAAUACUACUAUUAGCCCUUUUUCUCCCUUACACAUUAUCGUUUAUUAUCGGAAUACACUUUUCGUAAAUUAACCGACUAUUUCCAAACUUUAACAACACCGUCUCGAGAUGACGUUACGAGGAAACACUGCGAUGCUUUACACAUCGCUAUAUCGGAUAUACAAUCUCUAUGACCCGCCGCCGGCGGUUCCGGACCGGGCCGCGGUAUUUCUUCUCCCCUAUCCACUUUUCUCAUCUGCCCCG